AGCGUGCCUUGCCGCUGGAAGAGCAAGAGGAUGUGGGGCCGCGCCACGUUGAUCCCGACCACUUCCGCUCGACGACUCAGGACGCGUACAGGCCCGUUGAUCCCUCGGCGUACAAGCGCGCCUUGCCGCAGGAAGAGCAAGAGGAUGUGGGGCCGCGCCACGUUGAUCCCGACCACUUCCGCUCGACGACUCAGGACGCGUACAGGCCCGUUGAUCCCUCGGCGUACAAGCGUGCCUUGCCGCUGGAAGAGCAAGAGGAUGUGGGGGCCGCGCCACGUUGAUCCCGACCACUUCCGCUCGACGACUCAGGACGCGUACAGGCCCGUUGAUCCCUCGGCGUACAAGCGUGCCUUGCCGCUGGAAGAGGAAGAGGAUGUGGGGCCGCGCCAUGUUGAUCCCGACCACUUCCGCUCGACGACUCAGGACGCGUACAGGCCCGUUGAUCCCUCGGCGUACAAGCGCGCCUUGCCGCUGGAAGAGGAAGAGGAUGUGGGACCGCGCCACGUUGAUCCCGACCACUUCCGCUCGACGACUCAGGACGCGUACAGGCCCGUUGAUCCCUCGGCGUACAAGCGCGCCUUGCCGCAGGAAGAGGAAGAGGAUGUGGGGCCGCGCCACGUUGAUCCCGACCACUUCCGCUCGACGACUCAGGACGCGUACAGGCCCGUUGAUCCCUCGGCGUACAAGCGUGCCUUGCCGCUGGAAGAGCAAGAGGAUGUGGGGCCGCGCCACGUUGAUCCCGACCACUUCCGCUCGACGACUCAGGACGCGUACAGGCCCGUUGAUCCCUCGGCGUACAAGCGCGCCUUGCCGCAGGAAGAGGAAGAGGAUGUGGGGCCGCGCCACGUUGAUCCCGACCACUUCCGCUCGACGACUCAGGACGCGUACAGGCCCGUUGAUCCCUCGGCGUACAAGCGCGCCUUGCCGCAGGAAGAGGAAGAGGAUGUGGGGCCGCGCCACGUUGAUCCCGACCACUUCCGCUCGACGACUCAGGACGCGUACAGGCCCGUUGAUCCCUCGGCGUACAAGCGCGCCUUGCCGCAGGAAGAGGAAGAGGAUGUGGGGCCGCGCCACGUUGAUCCCGACCACUUCCGCUCGACGACUCAGGACGCGUACAGGCCCGUUGAUCCCUCGGCGUACAAGCGCGCCUUGCCGCAGGAAGAGGAAGAGGAUGUGGGGCCGCGCCACGUUGAUCCCGACCACUUCCGCUCGACGACUCAGGACGCGUACAGGCCCGUUGAUCCCUCGGCGUACAAGCGCGCCUUGCCGCAGGAAGAGCAAGAGGAUGUGGGGCCGCGCCACGUUGAUCCCGACCACUUCCGCUCGACGACUCAGGACGCGUACAGGCCCGUUGAUCCCUCGGCGUACAAGCGCGCCUUGCCGCAGGAAGAGGAAGAGGAUGUGGGGCCGCGCCACGUUGAUCCCGACCACUUCCGCUCGACGACUCAGGACGCGUACAGGCCCGUUGAUCCCUCGGCGUACAAGCGCGCCUUGCCGCAGGAAGAGGAAGAGGAUGUGGGGCCGCGCCACGUUGAUCCCGACCACUUCCGCUCGACGACUCAGGACGCGUACAGGCCCGUUGAUCCCUCGGCGUACAAGCGCGCCUUGCCGCAGGAAGAGGAAGAGGAUGUGGGGCCGCGCCACGUUGAUCCCGACCACUUCCGCUCGACGACUCAGGACGCGUACAGGCCCGUUGAUCCCUCGGCGUACAAGCGCGCCUUGCCGCAGGAAGAGGAAGAGGAUGUGGGGCCGCGCCACGUUGAUCCCGACCACUUCCGCUCGACGACUCAGGACGCGUACAGGCCCGUUGAUCCCUCGGCGUACAAGCGCGCCUUGCCGCAGGAAGAGGAAGAGGAUGUGGGGCCGCGCCACGUUGAUCCCGACCACUUCCGCUCGACGACUCAGGACGCGUACAGGCCCGUUGAUCCCUCGGCGUACAAGCGCGCCUUGCCGCAGGAAGAGGAAGAGGAUGUGGGGCCGCGCCACGUUGAUCCCGACCACUUCCGCUCGACGACUCAGGACGCGUACAGGCCCGUUGAUCCCUCGGCGUACAAGCGCGCCUUGCCGCAGGAAGAGGAAGAGGAUGUGGGGCCGCGCCACGUUGAUCCCGACCACUUCCGCUCGACGACUCAGGACGCGUACAGGCCCGUUGAUCCCUCGGCGUACAAGCGCGCCUUGCCGCAGGAAGAGGAAGAGGAUGUGGGGCCGCGCCACGUUGAUCCCGACCACUUCCGCUCGACGACUCAGGACGCGUACAGGCCCGUUGAUCCCUCGGCGUACAAGCGCGCCUUGCCGCAGGAAGAGGAAGAGGAUGUGGGGCCGCGCCACGUUGAUCCCGACCACUUCCGCUCGACGACUCAGGACGCGUACAGGCCCGUUGAUCCCUCGGCGUACAAGCGCGCCUUGCCGCAGGAAGAGCAAGAGGAUGUGGGGCCGCGCCACGUUGAUCCCGACCACUUCCGCUCGACGACUCAGGACGCGUACAGGCCCGUUGAUCCCUCGGCAUACAAACGGGAAUCACCUGUUGUGAAGGAUGUGCGUGCGGUGAAUGUACGACAUGCGUAUCCUGAUACACUUCGGUCGGUGAGCCAUGAGUCAUAUAAGUCUGUUGAUUCCUCGGCAUACAAACGGGAAUCACCUGUUGUGAAGGAUUUGCGUGCGGUGAAUGUACGACAUGCGUAUCCUGAUACACUUCGGUCGGUGAGCCAUGAGUCAUAUAAGCUCUUAAAUGUUGCGUCGACGCGGGACGGUUUAUCUCGUGCUGUAUGCCACAGGAUUUCUGAUGGGAAAGCAGCGCAAUAUGGUGAAUCUUCGUUUUCUUCUUUUGUGUCUAAUGGUGACCGAAAUGGUACUGAUGGGGCGUCAUCCUCUUGUCGUGGUAGUGCAAGGGCUUGCUUUGGGAAGUCCAGUUCAGAGGUUUUUGAGUCGAAUUUUCAGACGCCAUUGAAAGGGACAGAUGAUGGCCAUUUUUCUUCCAAGGGUUAUUUCUGUCCUUGUCACACGGACCCCGAAAUGUACCGCAGUACAUCGCAUGCAGACUACAAGGCACAUCAUAAAGAUGCGUAUUCUCGCCCUUAUUUGAAGCCUUUGGAUAGGAAGUUUCCUUUGGAGAGGCGUGACUUUUUGAGUGAAUAUAGAAAGAACUUUCUGCGUCCAGAGCCACAGAGUUUGUCUCGUCCGGUGGCAGCUUCAACUGUUACUGUGCGCCAUGUGGACCCAUCCGUUUAUACCACUACAAAUCAAGCUGUAUUUAAGGACCACUGGAAAAAAUUUUAA